AUGCCAGAGUCUGAUGACCUGAACAGGACCCAUCAGCACUGUGUUCUGGCUGGAGACUCAGCCCGCUUCAGCUCUACACACAGAGUGGCAGAGUGUUCCACCGGGACCCUGGAAUACAUCCAGUCCCGCAGCCGGGAGGCCCUGUCUAACCUGAGCACAGACCCAGAAACAGGGACCCACAGCCUGCUGUCCCUGCUGCCAGCUACCCUGCAAGGCUACGAGGAGAUACACAACGAGGUGGAGUUUGAGUGGCUGAGGCAGUACUGGUUCCAGGGCCAGCGUUACACCCGGUUCUGCAGCUGGUGGGCCAGACCCAUGGAGCAGCUGGAGAAUGACUGGAGAGAGAUGGAGCUCAUGGUAAGACUGCACAGAGACCCACUGGGACCCAGUAAUAACACAUACUAGUGUGUAGUAGUAAGGUUGACUGUCUACGAUUUAAGAGCCGUACAAAGUCUAAUCACAAAGAGCUUUACUGUAACACUUCAGUUCAUUCACACACUUCUGC